UGAACGAUUUUAACCUUUUUCCAAUUUUAUCGGCAGCGCACAAAUACAAUCAAACUCGCCUUCUAUCACAAAAUGACGUGUUGCUAUCUGUGUGCUCAGAUGAGAAACGACGUUUCGAGACAUCAAACCAACAAUAUGGCUCAGCUGUCGACUCUUGUGUUUAGCGUUCAAUUGUUAUGUUUUCUGAUGAUUUUGUUGACUUGGCCAAAUUACUCGACCGCCGCUGACCGUUUCACAACGAACGAAGAUGGCGAAAUCAAUCAACUGAGAAACAGUGUUGUCACGAUGGAAGCCAAAAUAAGACUGAUUGAAUCGAAGUUGGAGGCCAGAGAUCAGCAGCAUGUGAAUCUGGAGAAAAAAGUGGCUCACCUGGAACUUGCCCUACAGAAGGAAAAGGAUUCCUGCCCAAAAAGAUCGUGAUUCUCAUGUGUCUGGUGUAUACGCUGUUUCGAUCAAGAGCGAGAUACUUAAUUAAACCAUUUGAGUCUA